CAGCAACAAAAAUUCAAAUCCUACUUCCCCAACUUGACAGCAGAGGGGCUCACGGUGUGGGUGGACAGCUAGUGAGUGCACUUUCGAGGUAUUUUUCAGGGAUUCCGGAGAGAGCGUGCAUCUUCCACACGCGCUCCCUACGCAUUCUGGAAUGCACCUGCAGCCCCAAACAAGGUCAGGUCUGAACAUUUCGGUCAAGUCAGACGUGGCAGGAAAAAUCAGCAAGUGGCCUUUCAUUUCCUUCCUGAUGAUCAAACUAUGCACUUCAGCCAUGCAGAAUUGGGGCAUUUAAGGCAGAAUGUAAACUCACAGUUGCAAAGAUUUUUGGUUACGUGGAGAGCCCAGGUUGAAGAAAUAUGGAUACCAACACCAAAGUGGUCAUCAGCACUAUUUUUACCAGCUUUUUCACCUUUCAGCUUCUUUUCUACUCUGGUAGUAUCUACAUGUCAUUCUUUGGUGGUUGGGGUUUUGGGCCUGUACAUUUUCUUCUUUGAUGAGGCCAGCAAAGCUGAUCCACUUUGGGGUGAUCCAUCGCUUGUGAAAGUGAAUAUUGCUAUUUCUUCAGGCUACAUCAUUUCUGAUUUGUUGCUUCUCAUUUUGUACUGGAAAGUGAUUGGUGACAAAUACUUUAUAAUCCACCAUUGUACAGCACUGUAUGCAUACUUCUUUUUACUGAAGGACGGAGUGCUAGGAUACAUUGGGAAUUUUCGCCUGCUUUCAGAACUUUCCAGCCCUUUUGUGAAUCAACGGUUCUGGACGGUCCCUCACAGCCCUGUUGGGGUUUCCACUCUGUUCUCCAGCUGCAGCGCUCCCCGUGGUGUCAGCCCAGUCCUGUCAAGUCAAAGGGCUUGGGAAAGGGCUAGAGGUCCCGGGAAUAAGGCUCUUCCAUGGAGUCUGGUGGCUGGCCCAGGAACCGGAGGCUGCUGCAGAUGGUGAUACCUGUACCUUGCAGGAUUGACCCCCUGGGGGAGGUGGUCUUUGGAUGGUGAGAGGAGGGACAAAAGUUCAAAGGGUGGAGCAGAAGCCACGGUGUGCUGGAGCAGGAGCAGGGAGGCUGCAGGGACUACAUUAGGCCUCCAGGUUCUGUUUAUGAAUUGUUAAGAAGCAAAAGGAGAGGCACUCUAAAACGUUCCCCCUUGGCCCACAAGCAGGCUCCUAGUCAGCCUCUCUCCUGCCCAUCUGUCACCUGCUACUCACUGACUCAUUCUAAAACACAUCUUCAAUUGGUGUCAGAAUUUCUAAUACUCUAUUUUCAAGUCUAAACUACUUAAGCCAAAUUUAAGAUUCCCAAUAAUAUUACCCUACCCUAACUAUUCAAGUUCCACCAGGUGGGUGCCCACUGUCUGUACCUGCUCAUCCAGCUACAAGCCCUCACACUCUGUCUGUCUAGCCCAGAGGCCCUUCCCUCUCACAGAUCUGUCACCUACUCAGCCUCGAUGCACAGAUUAAUAGAAUUGUUUUUUUUUCACACUAAAAACAAAAUAAACACAUUUAGUUAGAGUUCUGAGGAAGAAGUUAAUAAAAUCGUUUUUAUAUGUAUUAAGUACCGGCUAGAUGACCAAGUGAGUUUCUGGAACAACCUGGAUAGAUAAGUUCAUUCUUACCUGAGCCCGGAUCUCAGCACUUUCUGUCCUGGGUGAUCUUCUAUGAUUGUAGCUGAGCUGUUAAUGUUUCUCUCAGCCUAAAGGACAGAGAAAUUAGUUCACCCACUCCCACUGCCUGGGCAAGUAGUAGGAGCUCAGGUCUCUUCAGGAUUCAGCAUAGAUUUUGCUAUUUUUGAGUAAAUGGUGGAGAGACCCUUUUCACUGGGAGUUGGGAAACUGGAUUCCAAUUCUGACUCUACCACUGAAUAGUGACCAUCUCAGGCAAGUGCUUUCACCUUGCUGUCAUUUGUUUUUUCAUCUGAAAAGUGAGAGGUUGAACUGGAUGAAUUGAGGGCCCUUUUUCUUUCAAAUGCUAUCAUUCUCUGAUAAUGAUGAUUAGAAUCAAGGCUAGGUGAUAGCCCAGGGUAUGGCAGGCUAUGAGCAUAAUUCUUGUCUGACAGCAAUUCUAGAAUAUUAGUUUCAGUUGUGUAAGCUUUUGGAGGUGCCUUAAAUUCUAUCUUUGAUUGUGACCGUGUACCCUUGAGUAAGACCACUUGUUUAUGACUCCAUCUUCCUCACUUGCAAGAUGAGAUGAUAUCACUUACAAUCAAUGAACCUUGCCAAAAGGGAUGAGUAUACUAUUUUCUGAGUGUGCUUUAAUAUUCUUAGGGGGAAGAGAUGAAGUUUUAAUGAUGUACUUUCCCACUAUACUUGCAGCCAAGUUGAUUUUUUUUUAAUGCUCUUCCUAAUGUUAACCUUUGGAAGAUGUAAACAUUUGAUCCAAAUACAGAACCCAUUUUCUUUGUUUCUCAGAAUAAAAUAUUGUCAGAAAGGAAAACAGAUGACUAAUGAAAAUGUAAAUAGUAAGUUAUUUAUUCCUUUGUCACCAAAACAAAACACCUGAAUCCUCUAAUAAUCUUGAGAAACCAGUCUAUCACUAAUGAGUCAAUUAGCUUGGUUGACUUAGUACUGGGUAAUCAGGCUUUUCCUAAGAUUCCUGUGUUCUUAGUGACCCUAAACGUGGGCUGCUGGGGUCUUUUGUGGGUAUGCAGAGUCAAGGCCAGGACGAAUGAAGAUGAGGAAUUAGUCCAACAAUGUUUAUUGUUGGAGACUUAGUUGGGUGAUACCCUUAAUUGUUUCCUGCAACUCUAUUGGUCUUUAGGUGACUGGUGAUGGAGUUAUCUGUAGUGAAGACCCACACCAGAUUUUUACAAUCAAUAGAUGGACUUUCACGUUAUAUCAUGAAGGAAAAUAAUGUAAGAAGUAAAUCCUCAUUGCUCUAGGGGAAAAUGUGAAUGAUUCCUUAUCAUUGUAAUUAGCAAAAAUCAAUGCUAAUAAGGACUUAUAUUCUAAAGAAUGUAGUGAAAAAUGAUUUAAAAAAAUUUAAACAUGACUAAAAUGAAAACUUUUUAAAUAAGAGGCACCUAAGCUGUUUAUUAAAAAUGUAAAUCCAGAAGGAAGAAGUCUAUACUUCAUUGUCUAUCCCCUUCAUGACCCUCCAGUCAUUAACUUCAACUAUUAAACAUCCUUAUUUGGGAUCUAACCAAAUGUCUACAUUUCCUUUGCUUAACUCAGACUCCAGAGACCUGCUGAAAAAUCAUUCAGCCCUGUGUAAUUGGAGCCAUCACAAAUUUAUGACCUCAGUCAUUCACUUAAAAAACAUUUAUCCUCUACGUACCAGGAACCAUGCAAGGCUGAGGGUAUAAACACUGAAUAAACUGUCAGGGUCCUUGCCCACAGGGAAAUGGAAGGGAAUAAGAGAUAAGGGAUAGGAAAGCAGAGAGUAAGAUAAGUGACUCUGUAAGGUGUGUCUUUCCUUUCUGAUCCCAGAUCUAGCCUAGUUUCACAUAUAUAGUAAGUCACUCAAUCAGAAAACAUCUAGUCAGCACUUACUAUGUGUCAGGCUCUGUUUCAGGCCCUGGAGAUACAUCAGUGAACAAGGCAGACAAUGAACGCCCUCCUUUCUUAGAACUUAUAUUCCAGCCAUUGAAGAAUGACAGUAAACAAGUCUGUAAAAAAGAAUGCAAGGUAAUUUCAGGUAGUAAUAAGUGCUAAGAAAUAAAAGGCAGUGGGAGUUGGGGGACAUUUUAGAAAGACCGCUUUGAGGAGAUGGUAUCAUUUACAAAAGGUAAGCAAGUGCAGAAUCAUGUUGGGUCUCUAGGCCACGGUAAGGUGUUGGGGGUAUCAGCCUGCUUAGAAUAAGCAUUCCAGGUUUCAAGCACUCCAGGUGAGAAGUGAUGGGGGGCUUAAAUGAAGGCUUUCAAAUAUUUUUUACCACAAUCCACAAGAGGAAACAUAUUUUAUGUGGUGACUCAGUACAUAAACACAUAUGCAUAAACAACAAUUUCAUGAGACAAUACCCUUACUAUGAGUGAUGUGCUCUGAGAUUUUCUAUUUGAUUUCACUAUAAAAGAAGAAAUACUGGUUGUCACCCACUAAAUUGAUUUCAUAACUCACCAAUGGGUGGCAACUCACAGUUUGUAAAAUGCUGGUUCUGACUAAAAGUGCUGACAGUAUAGAUGGAGAGAAAUGAAUGGAUUCAGGAUAUAUUUUAGAAGUAGAGUUGUCAGUGGUUAUUGAUGGACUUGUGGGAAGGUAAGAAAAAAAGCCUGAUAAAUGAUGAUUAUCUAUGAUUCUGUCUUGAAUGAAUGGGAGGAUGGCAGUCCUAUAUCCUAAUAGGGUGAAGACCUAGAAAGGAAAUGUUUGAAGGGAGGGGUGGAGUGGAAGGGGGAUCAAGAAAUCUUCUCUAAACACUUCAAAAAAUUCUGAUGAUGUGUGUCCAUGUGCAUAGAGAUUUGUAAUAAUAAUUGUUAAAAUUACAGGUCAAUAGUAAAAAAAUCUUUUUAUAUAGACUCUUAAAAAUACUUAUGAAAUGUUCUUUUUAUUUUCACCAUAGAAAUAUAACCUGCUUAUUAAAAUAAAGGAGAAAGAAAUGUGAUUCGUCAUCUUGCCACAUAGCAAUGACCAUGGUUAACUUUUUAAUGUUUCCUUAAUGCAACAUUAUCUAUGCAUUUUUGGGGGGGAUCACCUAAGGUUUUGUAAAGAUAAUUGUUUAGGAUUAGAAUUAUGUAAACUGUUUAUAGAUAAUUAGUUUAUUUGGAGUCAGGGAAGGUCAUGAUUAUUGAUGCUUAUUGAAUAGCUUUGUUUUCAUAAUAAUAAAGUGAUUUUAAUGGGAAA